UCCAGAUUGAAAUCCAGUGGUUCUAUCUCGCCGGGUCAGCUGUUCACUGAAGGCAGGAGUGAAUAUUUUUUUCGAGUUUUUGGAAUCUACCUGGUAAAAUGUCAGACAGCUCCGAGGAUAGUCUGGAAGACAGGCCCUGGAUAUUGUACAGAGAUCGAGAGGAGUGGAAAGAUAUUGUACCUCUGGCACAGGAUGAUGGACCCCACCCGAUUGUUGCCAUCGCGUAUUCAGAGAAGUUUAAAGAUGCGUACGAUUACUUCAGGGCGAUUUUAAAAUCCGGGGAAAAAUCAGAACGAGCGCUUAAUCUCACUGCUGACUGCAUCUGGUUAAAUCCAGCGAAUUAUACGGUCUGGCAGUAUCGACGAGAUAUUUUGAAGGCACUGGGGAAAGAUCUGAGGGAAGAAUUGAAGUACAUUGACUCAGUGAUUGAUUCAAACGAGAAAAAUUAUCAAGUAUGGCAUCAUCGAAGAGCCAUUGUCGAGUGGCUUCAGGAUCCCAGUCAGGAAUUGGAGUUUACAGCUCAAAUUUUGGAGAGAGACGCCAAGAAUUAUCACACCUGGCAACACAGACAGUGGGUGUUGACAACUUUUCGGCUCUUCGAUAAGGAAUUGGAAUACGUCGAGAGAUUACUGACUGAAGACGUGAGAAAUAAUUCAGCCUGGAAUCAAAGAUACUUUGUCCUCAAUCACACAACAAAUUUUGAACAAGAAGUCAUCGACAGGGAAGUCGAUUACGCCCUGGAGAUCAUUGACAUGGUGAAGGCAAACGAGAGUGCGUGGAAUUAUCUCCGAGGGGUGUUGAUUCACGACGAAAAUGGAGGACUCGCCUACAACGAGAAGAUCCUGAAGAAGUGUGAGGAGUGGUACAACAAAGGAUGUCGUGUCAAUCAUCUCCUGGCGUGCAUAAUCGAUAUUUGCCAGGAGAGAUAUAAGAAUGAACCCUCAGAGUCUUUGUUCCACAUUAAUAAUGCCCUCACGCUUUGCAAAGAAUUAUCUGAAAAACACGACAGAAUACGCCGGAGGUACUGGGACUACGUCACCCAGCAAUUAUCAGAAAAACUAAAAACCACCUGUUGAAUCGUAAAAAUUCCAGACACACGUGUUCCAAAAAAUGAACCAUUAAAUAAAGUGGAAAGCGAAUUUUGUAAAGGUACAAAAUGACUUUGCAACGUUAA